CUAAAAUGAACAGAUAAGAAAUAAUGAAUAUGAAGCCAGAGAAAAAGAUAUCUAAUUAUAGUUUCAGCCUCAAGGCAAUAUUGGGUAAAGGUUCUUAUGGAACAGUUUAUUUUGGAAGAGAAAUGAAUAGCUGUAUUUUAUAAUAUAAUAUAAAUUAGAAUUACCUGUUGCUCUUAAGGUCAUUGAUCAUUCAAAAGCUUAAAACUAUGGAUAAUUAUACACUUCACUUCAUAAAGAAAUAGAAAUUAUGAAAAGAUUAAAACAUCCUAACAUAGUUUAAUUAUAUGAUGUAUAUUCUACAUAAAAUAAUACUUAUUUGGUCUAAGAAUAUUGUAAUGGACCAGAUUUAAAAUAAUAUUUGGCUGCCAAAAAGAAUUUGGAAGAAGAUGAAGCUAUAAAAAUGAUAAAGUAAAUUGCAAAUGGACUAAAAGAAAUAGUCAGCAACAAUUUUAUUCAUAGAGAUCUUAAACCAGCCAAUAUACUUAUUAAUGAUGGAUAAUGUAAAAUAGCUGAUUUUGGUUUCUCAAGACCAUUACCAUCAGAAUGUGUAAUGGAAUCCUUAGUAGGUACACCACUUUAUAUGGCACCCUAAAUUCUAACAAAAUAAUAAUACACUUCAAAAUGUGAUGUUUGGUCAUUAGGAUUAAUAUUUUAUGAAAUGCUAUUUGGUACUCUUCCUUGGAUUGUCACAAAUUAUAUGGAGUUAGUUUAUAAAAUUAAUAACUGCAAAUUAACUUUUCCAAAAAAUACUAAGAUUUCUAAAGAAUCUAUGUCUUUUAUUCAAGGAUGCUUACAUAAAGAUGAACUUUAAAGAUUAAGUUGGAAUGAAGUCUUUCUUCAUCCAUUAAUUAAACCAUAAAUGAAAAUAUCUAUAGAUCCAGGAAUUAAUGAAAUAUUUAGUCCAAAAUUUUCAACUCAUAGAUAAAAUUAAUCUAAUGAUAAAUCAUCACUUCCAAGUGUUAGAGAAAGAAGUUGUUCAGGAAAGAAUCUUUAAAAUAAAAUGACAGAAUAUAAAAGUGAAAUUAAAAUAGAAUAAAAAUAAGAACCAAUACCUGCAAGUUCAAGUUAAUAAUCUACUGAAGGAGAAGAAAACAUUAAAGUUGCAAAUUAUUUUCUUCCUAAAUAGUAAGAUAAAUUAAGAAGAACAAGAUCAUAAUUUGAAAAUAUUAAACCUAAUUUAACUGAAAUCAAUUCUAAAAGAUAAAUCUAAUAACCUUUACCUUCAAAUGGAAAUCUUAUCAGAUAAGCAUUUCCAAGUAAAAGAAAAAAUUUAUAUGAAUAAUUUUCAAAAAACAACCCUUGCAAAUUUAAAUAAAAUUUUGAAAUUCUCCUAUAAUUGCUUGAUCUAAUAGCAUCAUUAGAAAAAGAUAUAAAAAAUUAAGAUGCUGAUUUGGAAGCCUUUUUAAAUAAAGAAAAAAUUGCUAUUUUAAAUGGACAUUAGAAUUAAGGCAUUAGAAUCAAAAGAGCUUAAUAAUAUCUUGAAAAACUUGAAGGUCGAAAGAAAUAAAAAUUAGAAACCUUUAUUAAUUUAUUACAAAAAGAUCGUGAGUCUUAUGAAAAUAAUCUAAAUUAACCUAAAUAAUAUACUAUAGCGGUACCACUAUAGCUUUAAUCCUGAAUUUUGAUUUUAAUUAACUGC